UGCCAAGCUCUGUUCAAUGCCAACCACGAAGCGGCCGGCCUAGUUUCCUGCUUACACAGUCUCGCCCCGAGGCAUGGCAGUGCAAUGCUCAAUUACCUCGAAAUUGAACUUUGCAUGAUUGUUUUGACGCUUCGGCACCGAUACGGAGCGCUUUAUCCAAGUCAUCCCCGCCAUACAAGGUAUGUAGGGGCCGAAACUCAAUUGGGGAGGGGCAGCCCAAUCGAUGUAAACAAAAGGGAGACGUAACCCUUCUCACGAACAAAAUCAAUCCAACAUACGUCAAUUACCCCGUACAUCUGCUUGCCGGCUGCAAGCUCUAACGCAUCCGAGAUGGCUUCAUUCUUCAGCGAAAAUAACAUAUCAUACUACACGCUUCCAUUCGCAUUGGUACUCGCCCUUCUUCCUCGGGUAUAUUCCGGUUUGGCAGGUCCCGGCAAGAGGUACUUCGACCCUCAGAAUCCACGCAAGUUCGUGGAGACAUUGGCCAAGGCAGAGGCAUUGGAUAAACAACUUCGAUUGAGGCUCCAAAGAGCCGAGUCCUGUAGCGCGAACGCGUUCGAAGGCCUGCCUCUCUACGCAGCAGCAGUGACUGCCGGCAAUGCAGCUGGUCUGUCGCCCCAGGCGCUGAACUUCCUAUCGUUGGGUUAUAUAGCCAGUAGAAUAUUGUAUUCCUGGGUUUAUAUUUUUGGGCAGGACAACCCAAAGUUGGCUGCCUGGCGAACGCGCGUGUGGACGGCGGGAGUCGGUUGUGUCAUGACGCUAUUUAUCAAGGCCGGUCUUAAUUCCCAGCCGAAAUAGUUGCAUUACUUGGCCGCGAUAGAGAGAGUCGGUCGCAAUCAUUGAUGGAAUUCCUAAAUCAGAUGAUUUUUAUGCUGUAACUUAUAUUAUGGGGUAACAUAUAGAAAGCAAGCUGUAAGAUAUUUUUCAGU